GUCAAGUUGUGUCAAAUGAUAAAAGUUGUUCAAUGUUUUUGUAUUAUAAAAAAUAAUUUUCACAGUAAAAAUGACUGAACCAGAGGAAUAUAAAUGUGUGAACUGUGGCGAAGCAGCGGCGGCAUUAUACAGGACAUACGGCCCAUCAGUAUUGAAGCUUACGAAAUGUGAGAAAUGCAAGGGUAUAGUGGAUAAAUACAUAGAAUAUGAUCCGGUCAUAGUGAUGAUCGAUUUAGUAUUAAUGUCCAAGGAAGCACAAAGGCAUACACUCUUCAAUACUGAAUUUAAGGCAUUUUGGAAGCUAGCCAUUGUAUUAGUGAUGGUGGAAGCCUAUGGAGUAUGGAGGAGUGACAGUUUAUUCAAUAUCGGAGUCAAUUCUAUUUGUGGCAUUGAAAAUAAUUCUACUAACUUAACUAUACCAAUAAACAUAUCAGAAUCAGUCCCCGAGUCUUGGAAAGUAAACUGCUGGGCGUGGGUCCCUGUGGAGAAGGGGGAUGAGGACAAUGACCUCUUUAUAUGGGAGAAAGAUUUCUAUAUGCAGUUCACAUCUACACUAUGUGGUAUCCUUAUAUUUAUAGCGACAGCACAUCUAUUAAUGACAAUGGCAACACCAUUCUCAACACAAAAUAGAGUGCCUAUAAUGCGGAUAUUGAAAGCUUUCACACUAGCUGACGCGAGCAUACUGUUCACACUACCGAUGUUGGUGUGGGGCUCCGACACCUCUGCUGAUACCAGAACAUUCCAUUUUGUACUAGUUUAUGCAUACAGCUUCGCUGUCUUUCUAAAUGUAUUUAGUGUGAUAUACAAGUGCCCAGUAAUUAUAACGAUAUUAAUUCUAAUCUUAAGUAAUAUCACAAAAUGUAUAACAAGUUUCCAUGCGACGGCCAUCUUGAAAAGAAUAUUUGGAUAUUGAGAGAAGAGAAUACACAUACAUAGGUACUGACUGGUCAUUCGAGAGUCUGAAAUUCUAAAUUCCAUCCUAUGGAAGGCUACCGUUUUUUUUUUAUUUGUCCAA